GUCUCAAAGAGCUUCUGUCUCCAUCAUGAACAGCCAGGCUUCCUGCUGCCUCCACUUAGCGUUAGCAUCAUAAUGUUGUUCCUAUAGCAGCCACAGACGAAGAUGCUAACUCUCUACUAGGUGUGUUCGAGUCUGUUAUACCGCAGGGGGAACGAGGACACCGAGCUUUUCUAACCACGGGGAUAAACGCGAUUGAACCGGCAGCCUAACUGUAGGCCGCAGAUGGAGCCGGGGACCUCGCGUGAAACUCCGACCGCCGCGGGGGUCCCUACUCCGUCCGGUUUGCGGGAGGAGACCCCGGGGGAAGAGGCGAGAGGUGGAGCGGGGAGCACCGGGAUGCUGAAGCGGAGAGGAGUGAUCGGAGACACCAAGAAGGAGGUGAAAACUCAGGGGGAGGAGGAUGAAGAUGCUGGGAGUCAAGUUAAAGCCGGAGAGGAGGAAGAGGAUGGGGUUAAACAUGAGGAGGAGCUGGACCCUAGAAUACAGGCAUGUUACAGCAAAUAUCAUGAAAACUGAAAGAAAUUAAGUCUGUGUGUUCACUGACAUAAAUAAAAUACAGUUUAAUGUGAGUACUUUAACUCCCAAUGAAGCUGUAAUGAAUAUAAACGCAUGUAUGAUGGUACUGGUCUGCUCCUCGUACAGACUGGUACCCAGUGUCAGCUGCAUCUCUGAGCUGCUGAUGCUCUCUUAGUGAUCUUGUUGUAUUUGCAUCAUUUUCACCAUAUUCCCAGCCCUUUCCACUCAUAUGGGAGCUUUAUUAUUAACUGUGUCUCUUGCUUGUUCGCAGGAGGAGCUGGAGCACCUGAAUCAGGCCAGUGAUGAGAUCAACAAGCUGGAGUUGCAGCUGGAUGUGAGGCAGCUGUUUGUGUACUUACAGCCUCAGUGUGUCCAUCAGAUCAGGGCUCACUGAAGGUAAUAUGGGUCUGCUUUGUACAUAUGUGUUCUCCCUGCAGGAUGCUCGGUCCAGCUACAGGAGGAUUCUGACCGACUCUGCCAGGAAACUAAACGGUCAGGGCUCACAGCUCGGCGCCUGCAUCGAGAAAGCGAGGCCGUACUACGAAGCUCGCAGACUUGCCAAAGAAGUGAGUGUUGAAAUCAGAAGUCAAACUGAGCCCUGUCUGUAUAUCAGUGUUAUUCUUCAUUUAACCUACUCUUAAAACCAUGAUUCAGUAAAGAUGAUUGCCACAAACCUCUUUCACACCUGCUUCAUUACACAUGACCCUCUUAGGUCCCCCCGUCAGCUGAGGGGUGGAAGGUGGAACAGAUGAGUCUCAGGACAUCAGAGUGAUUAGGGGGCAGCAGCAGGAUAUCACUGUUCACGUCAGAGCUAAAGUAUCGCUUCAGAAACUUUGAUCGCCUCCAGAUUGUAAAGAUUUACUGUCAUAAUCAAUAAAUGCUCUGUAGAUGACACUUUGAACUGUCUUAACCCUGCUCAUGAAAUAUUUGAAAGAAUAUCUCAAACACUUAAUAAUAUUUGGGGUUCAAAUAACUUCCAAAGAGUUUAAAUUUAUUAUUUCAUAGUUGUACAUUGAGAAUUAUUGUGUAUUUGAAGAAAAAAAUGUUUGAAACUUUGAGUUUAUUGUACUUAAAAAUACAGUAAUAGAGACUAUUGACUCCCACAGUCCGAUAGUGUAGGUUUUACAGACUUUAGGUUGAUGACACAGUUUAGAAAAACAUGACCCUAGGAGAUAAUAGCACCAGUGACGGCAGCAGAGGACAGGUUUUAUUCCAGACCUUAAUGUCGGCUGUGAUGCUUGGACUGAAGGUCUUUAUUGAAACUAACUGAUAGAUAAAAUCUUUAACCCUUGAAGGUCUGGGUCAUUAGAGUCAGUCAUGUUUAAUCAGCAUACUGAGGACUCAUUUCAAACUGUAAUUAAACUGAUGGAGACGGAGAGCAGAGGUCUGAUUGGUUCAAUAAAAUGAAUGAUGGAUUAUUAAUCGGAGCUGUGAAUGAUGUCCUCUGAGGCUAUAAAAAUGCUAAUCAGUCAAUCAGGGAGAUGUGGUGUGUGUCUUUCUGCGGUGGAUUUUAAGCCUUUGUGAGGAUCCUGUACAGUCAGAUAUCUUCAUCACAGAGUGGACUGCAGUCAUUAAUCUGUCAGAGUGACCCGGUCUCCUCGUCUUCAUCCAGCAGAGCAUCCUGCUGCUCCCUCAUGCAGAGACAGAACACACACCUGAUCAAAGUAACCUUGACUUUGACAGCUUCCUCUCAACCGCACACAGAUGAGCCUCCUGAAAGCUGAAACAUCAGCUCUAAAUCUGUUCCUAAACCAGGAUAAACCACAGACACACACCGAGGGGUGUUGCAGAGGGAGAGCUGGGAGAUGUCCAAAUAUCUAAGUUAGCAACCUCAAAGUUGCAGCAGGACAAAGAAGUUAACAUAACUUCACAUAAACUGGAAUCAAACCCCAAAGUUUGAUUAAAAUUAACACAUUUCAUUUUUCACUGUUAACAUUUGAUUUGUUGUCUAAUGGAGACAUUUAAUUAUUCUCAAACUAGUGGACCAGAAGACAGUUUUUCAAAAAGUUUUCCUAAAUCCCUAAAAAAGAAAAAAAAUCAGGAUACUGCCAAAAGUACGAGUGAUCGGGCCAAAGUUUGGAUUCAUUUUUCACAGUUUUCACUUCAACAGGAUUGUCUGUUUGUUGUUUCUUCGCUUUGUUUGUUUAAUUUGAACAUAUUUCAGAUAUUUGCAGAUAACAAACACUGAGUUUCAGCCUGUCACCUUGUUUUAUCUUUAUUAACAUGCAUUAACUCUCUCUCAGUUUCUGUCCAUAUAGUGACGUGUCCUGAUGUCUUUUUGUCUUGUCAGGCGCAGCAGGAGACCCAGAAAGCAGCUCUGCGGUAUGAACGAGCUGUGUCCAUGCACACUGCAGCCAGAGAGAUGGUGUAUGUGGCCGAGCAGGGUUUACUUGCAGACAGGAACACCAUGGACCCAACAUGGCAGGAGAUGCUCAACCACGCCACUGCAAAGGUACAGACAGGGACAGAUGUGCAGGUGCUCUGCGGAUAGUUAAAGUAAUGAUGUUAAAUUGAUUUACGUACAGUAUCUUCAGACAGCAGAUAAACUGAUGCAGUUUGUCUGUCACUGUGUUUCACUGAAUGGUUGAUAUUUAACGAGUGGCUAACUCUGAACUCUGAAGUUUGAACUUUCCCUGUUGUAAAUGUCACAGUACAGAUCUGGCAGUGCUGCUUUCACUGCUGAUAAACAGAGCGUGCUGUACUGUAAACAUAACAAGGGCAAUUUAAAAGAAUUAAUCAUGUGUGUCACAGGACCUUUAUUCGCCUUUUACAGAGACAGAAAAACAUGUUAACCUUAAAAAGCUCGGCUGAUAAAUUGGUUCCAUCUACUGAUUGUAGAUUGCUGUAUUGUGUUGUCUCACUUCAUUCUCUAUAUUCUUACACUGCAGAGAGGUGCAGUUCUGUUUGUCACAGAUAUGGAUCCAUGUCUUUUAUUUGAAUGGGAAAUAUUAAUGUAACGAAACCUUGAUGAAUCUGCGAGUUGAUCCUCAAUUUGUUUUUGAUCGUUCUGUUCUGUUGACCCUCCAAAAGAGACACAUGAGGCGAUAAAUAUGUCAUGGUUGUUGUCGAUACCUGUCCUGCUCAGGUGAACGAGGCGGAGGAGGAGCGUCUCCGCAGUGAACGGGAGCACCAGCGGGUGACUCAGCUCUGUCAGGACGCUGAGGCUCGAGUCCAGACUCUACAGAAAACCCUUAAGAAGGUCAUCCUCAAAUCCAAGCCAUACUUUGAGCUGAAGGCUCAGUUCAACCACAUCCUGGAGGUCAGUGCAGAGACGCACUGCUGUUUUCUGUUAAGAUUGUUACGAUACUGUGAUACUGACAUUUAUUUGAUAAGCACUUCUCAAAUCAGAUUUUACACAGUAACAAACAUAAAAGCCCACGACAUAGGAACACAAAACACAGGGACACAAAACAACAAGACAACUCAAUUUUAAAUUAUAGAAGAGGAAACAAUGAAAAUAUUGAGCAGCUGGAUAUAAAAAAACAAUGAACCAGAUAUAAUUUCUGCUGAUCUCUGCUGAUUUUGUCUGAUCUCUGGUGUUUCUGUGGUUCUCUUCUCCAGGAGCACACAAGCUCAAAGUGUAAGGCUUCUGAAAUGCACAGGUCUACCUUUUUAAAGUUAUGUAAAAAUAUGAGUGAUAACGACUAAAGUUGAUCCUCAUUUUGACAGAUCUAACUGCCUGAUUUCGGUUUCUGCUGAUUUCUACAAAUUUCUGCUGAUCUCUGCUGAUUUUAUCUGAUCUUUGGUGUUUCUGUUGUUCUCUUCUCGAGGAGCACAAAGCCAAAGUGGUUCAGCUGGAGGAGCAGGUAGCAAAGGUGAAGACUCGUUACUCCGUGGCUUUGAGGAACCUGGAGCAGAUCAGUGAGCAGAUACACGCUCAGAGAGGACGGGUCAGGGCCAGCAGGGGGCGCCCUGCCGUUUGUGGAGGGCGGAGCUCCCCUGUAGGAGCUGAGGCUGAGGUCAGAGCGGUGAGAGCUGUGCAGGUCAGCAGCUGUGUGGUCGGGGUUGGCGGGAUAGAGAGCGAUUGGGUGGACGGAGAGAAAACCCGCUUGUGGGUAGAGCGGCACAGGGAGAGUGGGUGGGGUCAGAGAGAGCGGCUGGAGGCGGAGCAGGCGGGGUCAGACUGCAUGUCCGUCAUCAGCCUGCAGACCAUCGCCUCUGACUUGGAGAAGUGUGACUCUGUGGAGCACCUGGGGGAGCUGAGCGACGGUGGGAGCACGGUGGGGGAGGAGUGGGACAGGAGGCUCAGCGAGAGGCCGCUCAGCAGGGAGGUGGUGCGGGGGGAGGAGCCUCAGAAGGAGGGACCUAAGAAAGAGGACAUGCCUCCAAAAAAAGAGGAGAAGGAUGAAAAGGAAGGGGCAGGGGCAAGUGAGGAGAAGCAGGAGAGCUUUACCAAACAGCACCACAGAAGUGUGAGUCUAUGAGAGGUGGAGGAGGAAGGGAAAGAAGGAUGACGAGGAAGAAGACUAAUGAGGAGGCUGAUGGUGAUGGAUACAGCGCUUUGAGGAGGGUCUCCAGGUAGAUCAGACACACACUGAAGAGAUUGAUGAGUGUAUUCAUGAUGGAAACACCAACACAUACACUCUCUCUCUCUCUCUCUCUGCAGAGUAGGUCUGCAGCUUUAAACUAACACAGAGCCUAAACAGACUGUACACAAACACACACACUGCUGUUUCAUUCAUGCACAUCUCUGCAGAGCUUCUAAAGUCCAUCUGUGGAUCAGCUUCAGGACUGAGCUGCAGAAACUCCAGCAGAGAGACAGGAAAGAGGACUUCAUCUGUGUCAGUCAGAGCUUAGGGGAUGAGAUCAAACCCGGUUUUAUCCUCCUGAUGGGUCAUCGUCUAUUUCACCUGCUUCAUGGAAAAGAAGAAAGCGACUUUGAAAAUGUAGGUAUGAUAAAACCUCAGAAGAUCUGACUGCAGUCAAAUCAGGAGCCCAGCAGCUUCGUAUUAAAACAUUUCCCUGAAAAAACUGCUAGAAUCAAGCUCUUAAAUGUGGAUAUUUCCUCUUUGGCUUUUUAAAUGAGGUGGAUAGUUUUUCUGUAAUCCUGCAGACAAAAACUCCAACAGUGAUUAAAUUAAGCUCUUAAUAGUUCUUUGGUGCUGUGUGCGGUAAAACUCAAAGAGGACUCAUGUAGCACCAGCUUCAUUUAGAUCAUAAUGUGGCCAAAUUAAAGAUGCUCUUCUUUGUUGAAAGGGCAGCUGGACUUGCUUGAGUAGAAAACCAUGACCUGGAUGAAUGAGAACCUACACAGACUCCUAAUAGAUAAUGCUCAUCUUUUAUUGCCUUAUCUUAAGGGACUGACGUCAUGCCCUCUGCUCUGUAUGAUAAACUGUAAAUAUGUAUAAAUAUGAAUAUUGAAGUGCAGUUUGAUGGAGGUGUUAUUGUGCUGCAGAGAUUUAAACCAUCAGUGAUCAUUGAGCUUUAUUAACGGAUAUGGAUUUGGCCUUAAAAUCUAAACCAACCUUAUUUAGUGAUCUAGUUCAGUCCUCUGAGGAUGAAACACCCCAAGUGUUCAUAUUAAAGUGAGACACACUCUGGACUCUAGUGUCAUGGCAUUCUGUCCUAAGUCCCUCCUAAUGAGCUGCUCCAGCAGCCUCUCAUUAAUAAGAUCCCAGAUGUAAUAAUAGAGUCAUUAUGAUGCGAAGUUUACACAUUUUUAUUGUGUUUUAUUGAUGAAGCCAUAAACCGAUUAAUGCCUAAAAUUCCUUAAAGAUCUGAUUUAUUUAAAGUGCCUACGAGUCCUGAUUGAGUUCAUUCAGACUAAAAUAAUAUGGUUAGUGGAUGACAGUGUGACGUUUAUUUACGGCAGCAUGAAGCUUUUUAACAGGUGAAAGAGGAUGUAGAGUUUAUAUAUAUAUAUGUAGAGAGAGAGAGCUAACUGUCUGUUUUAAUGUAUUUAUGCUGCUUUAUGAUAAUUUAUGUUGAAGACACAGACCCUGAUGAUGGAUGAGGUUUGUUAGAGUUUUAUUGAUUCUGUAUGUGUGAUAUACUUUCUGUGUGAGUUCAGCUGUCCGACAUUUUCACUGUCUAAUUCCUGCUAAACCAUCAGCUGUUUGAACUUGAUUUCUGCAGAUGAAUUAAAAGAGAAAGAAAUGUGUUACAUUACA